AUGGCAGCACGACGAGACGAGUACUUGCAGGACCAGGAGCUAUUUGUGACUCUAGCAGAAGAUUCCAAGUCUGUUCUAUUUGAACUCGGAUCGCUUCUUAAUCAACACUAUCGGGACCGCAAUCCAGCACAUGAGACACAGCAAGUUCUUCGACGCAAGAACGAGACAAUCAAGCGUUUGAAUCAGUUUAUUACAAGACAGCAGAGAUCGCGUGAAUGGGGAGAAAGGUUCGACCAAGAAACGUAUGAAAACCAACAAUCGAUUAUUGAAAGACUCAAGAAACAGCUGCAAGAUCAAAAAGCAGUAUUUGACCGUGAACGAACGCGUUUACAGGAGCAGCAAGCGGUCCGUUCAAGUGCUCAGGGAGAAUUGGGCUCGUCACUUAGGAGGGUGUUACCACAAUUGCGGGAAUUGCUCGAGGCUUAUGACCGAGAGCAAGGACAAUUUGUUCACUACACUCAUGCUGGGACAACAAGUGCUGUCAAAUCCUCUAAUGAAGAAUUAAGUCGGCGUUUGAAAGAGAUGGAGACUGACUUUGAUGCAGAACGAGAGAAUCUUAUGGAAGAAGUAGAUGACGCACUCGCUACUCAACGGGAGAUCAUCCAACAGAAUUGGGUCGACAGAGAAGCAGCGCUUACGUGCCCAAUUUCGUUGGAUUUGUUUGAGGAUCCGGUCAUUACUACAUGUUGUGGAAAGACCUUCUCAUCCGAUGCGUUAAAACGAGCACUGGGGCAGAAUCACCAAUGCCCAGUUUGUCGCUCGUACACAAUUACGGUUUGUGAAAACCGGGACAUUGCAAAUUUGGUGGAGCUCCACAGCACGGAGCUGCUGGAUUUGCCAGAAUAUACUGUAACGAGCUCCACGACAGGAAGGUUAGCGGUGGAAGAAGGAUCCGAUCGUGACCGUGAAUUGAUGACGUCAGCCCGACCAAAUGACAGCGUCCACGCUAGGGCGGAUACUCCUCAUCGGCAAUCUUCAAGGACGACGACUCACUCGGGCUCAAGUAGCUUGUCCACACCAACUGUCUCAUCUCAAGCACCUCAACGCAUGGUUUCGAGAAAUGUCUCGGCGUCAACCUCUACAGCCAACACUACGCUAUCGAGGGUUGCGCAAAUUUCCUUGAUACAAAGAGCGAUUAACGCUCUACCGUCGACCUCGGCAAACACGGCUCAUGGUAUAGGUGUUGGUGGCAAUUCCGCCCAAGGCUCGAGAGCGACUACAUCUCCUGCGUUAAGUUCUCCAAUUGUAACCAUUGGUCCCCUCCUACAAUUCUUAGGCGGAGCGACGAACAACUCAUUGUUAUCUCAGCCGUACGACCGAUACAAUGACUGGGACUCGGACUACUAG